GGAGUGUCAGUGGAUCUUGAGGGAGGGUUAGUGCUUCCCAUGUUUGGUGUUUAGAUGCUGGUGAGUGUCUGUCACUGCAGUCAUUCUACAAGGGCAGCACCUGGUAAGACACAGAGGCUUCUAUCACAUGGCGGACUGUCUGCUGUCUCAGGGGGUCCAUGUCUUGGGGGUGCUGGCUCUGUCCUACCUGGUUCUCAAACAGUCAUGGAGGCUGCUGAAGGGAUUCGGAACCCAUAUUCUCUCCCGGUGGUGGAGGACUGACCUUAGGAAGUAUGGAGCCUGGGCAGUGGUAACAGGGGCAUCAGAUGGAAUAGGAAAAGCCUACGCAGAGGAGUUGGCCAGGAGGGGACUCAAUGUCGUCCUCAUCAGUCGGACUCUGAAGAAGCUGCAGAGCGUUGCGGAAGGUAUAGAGCUCCAGACAGGACGCAAAACCAAGAUAAUCCAGGUGGAUUUCACAGGAGGACCUGAAAUCUACCCCAAAAUUGAAGAAGGUUUAAAGGACAUGGACAUUGGAAUCCUUGUAAAUAAUGUUGGAAUAUUAUAUAGUGAAUUGGAAUGUAAGAUUCUCGAUGUGCCCGAUGUAGACCAGGUACAGUAAGUGUGAUAAAUACUGG